GCUGUCCAUCUGUGCAAUUUUUUCAUCAAAACUGCAGGAAAGUGUAGCCUUUGCACUUCGAUGGAUCCCUGAUUUAGAUUCCUUCCUGCCAGCCUCCUGUCCUGCGGGACCGGGUUGUUGCUCCAUCUGCGCGCAGCUGAGCUGCGGCGCCCAAACGGUUAAGCUGGGCGCUGAAGUGCGCGCGCCGGUCUGAGCAUGUGCCGGCGCUGCUGCUUCUGCUGCGGUCACAUAAAAUGUGUGAAUUUCCAUAGGAGAUCAAAUACAGCCUGCACAAGGAGCGGAGGGGGCGCCGACUCUUCCGUCACAACCUGAUCGCGGAAUGCGCCGGAUCGGCCGACGUGCGCUGCGGCAGACACCGCGCCGCUCAGUUUGAAGCUGGAGAUGUCCAGAGGAUCCAGCAAACUGCGGCUCGUUCUCUGCGGUCAGCUGUUGUCUGUCUCCUCCGUGACGGCAUCCACGAGGGGGCGUGGCUGCCAGAUCUAAACAGGAAGCGGGUCACUGCGGGAAACGUAAACAGGUGAGUGACGGCAUUAAAAAACGGAGAGCUUCAUGGUCCCUGAUAGUCCUCACGCUGCGUUGCAGGAUGAAGCGUUUCCCGGUGGGAGCGUGACGGAUUCGGGGGCGGUAUCUACAGCAACGGGUGCAGAUCUCAAAAAACCCGACAGAAAGGAUGGUGGCCUUGGAAACCCAGGAGGUGCCUGUUCCUCUGACUCCUCUCUCACGUUGGUACCUUUACGCCAUUCAUGGCUACUUCUGUGAAGUGAUGUUCACAGCAGCAUGGGAGUUUGUGGUCAACUGCAACUGGAAGUUCCCCGGCGUGACCAGCGUGUGGGCGCUCUUCAUCUACGGCACCUGCAUCCUCAUUGUGGAGCAGAUGUACCUGAAGCUGCGCGACUGCUGCCCCGUUCUGCUGCGCUGCCUCAUCUACACGCUGUGGACCUACCUGUGGGAGUUCGGGACUGGGCUGCUUCUGCAGCAGUUCAACGCCUGUCCCUGGGACUACUCCCAGUUUCGCUACAACUUCAUGGGAUUGAUCACAGCCGAGUACGCUGUGCCGUGGUUCUGCGCCUCCUUCAUCGUCGAGCGCCUGGUGAUCCGCAAAACCCUGCGGCUGCGCUUCCACGAGGGGUUUGAGGACGGCUGGUCAAACCGCCGGUCGGAUGAUAAGGGAGUUGGAGGAGGAACUCUGGAAGGAGCAAUGCAAAGAGAAAGUGAUACAAAUGGCUACCUUAAGGAGGACUGAGAUUAAGAAAGUAGCUCCAGGAAAAAAAAUAAUCAAGCAGCUAAGUCAGACUGUUGCACCUUAUCGACCCUCCUGAGUGAUGCUCCUGAAUCGGUUCUGAGAAUAUGGAGUCACGACAAACCGCUUCUUGUCAAAACAACUUCAACUCAUUUCUGUGUUUCUGAUGCUUAACUGGGAUGCAGUUUUAUAUUUUUGCUGCAUUUCAUUCUCUUGUUCCUGUGUCUGGAUCGGAGCUGCACUACAUCUUAAAGAGCUGCAAGUAUUUAGUCGGACUUGAAUCAAGUUUGGGUCUUUUGGGCACAACAAAAACAAUUUAGACUUUUAUUCAAAAGUUAGAAAUUUGUAAAGUUCAACUGAGCAGCAUUUACAAAUAUUAAUUGGCUGAUUUAGAAUAUAUUAUUUAUAGCUGGUGUGCUUUAGCAUUGUAGUUUUGUCUCAGUACGUUGUGCACUUUAAAUCUAAGUGCAGCCCAAAAGGGACAAACCAAGCCAAAGCCAAGCAAGGCUCGCGUCUGCUUUUGUUUAUGCAAAUUCUAAAGGUGCACUUCAGUUUUUACUUUGGAAAUAAUUGAAAGAAAAUAUGAGCUUGAGUUUUAGGAUCCAUCCAUUACUUUCUUCUCGUCUUAGUGAGGAUGCUCAGACCCCGCCCCCUGAUCUGGGAGGAUAUGAAGGCGCUCCGAGCAAAGUGAAUCAUCUCUCUACUGUUUCCUGCGUCUGCAGCUGCUUCCUUUUUGACAUUCUCCCUGGAUGUCCAAACCACAGAGUUCCUCCUAGAUAGUUGUUUCCUCACUUAAUACCAGAAUAAAGAAACUUUUUCACCUGGAGGAGUCAUUCCCCACUUAGAGGAGGCGCUCUUCCUCCUUUUUCUGACUAAGAAAACAGAGGCCUCAGAUUUGAAGGAGCCGAUUCUUAACCCAAGCCAAGGAGGUCAUGACCCAAAGGACAACACUGUCUGCAAGCAUCAGAGAUACUUGAGGCUCCCAAAUCCCUCCACCGAUUGGCUCCAGCUUGGAGUUCUGCAGAUGAAACGGAUGAACAACAAAAGAAAAUCCAACUCUCACCAAAAAAAAAAAAAGUCUGACUUUUCUGUGAAAAAAAUCGUCUCAAAUCAUUUUCUGACGUUUAUGCCUGGAAAUAAUGCAUGCAAAGAAACUGUCUUCCAGUGCGAUUUAAAACACAAACAGAGGUAAUUGAGCAUCAUGUUGGCCUGCGUAGCAGCUCAGGACGUUGUCUGCCAGUUAUCAGGACAGAUCUCUGAACGUCUUUUUUCUCUGAGAGCAUGUUGAAGAGUCGGUCUGCUGUCAGCGAGCAGCUCACAGGCCUGCAUGGCAGCUUCUCCAGCCUCAUGGCAUGAAUGACUCUAGAGGUGUGUUUUGUUUCAUUUGGGAGGACGGAAACCAUGAGUUUUAGGUCUUUUUUUGCAACUCCACUUGCUUGAUGUAUCUUAAAUUUGCCAAGGACCUUUACCUUAUUCAUUCUCUACUCGUGGAUUUCCAUCUCUGUUGCCCAAUUUCAUUAGAAUUUCAUAAUCAACACUGACCUCUGCAGCUUCAGACUGCUGGAAGUUUUCAGCAAAAACAGAGAAGCAAAAGUUAUAUUUUUUGAAACUAACUCUGGUGUUAUUGAAGGAAAUGAUUUCCACAGAGUAAAUCAUCUGUAACUGUUUAGUCAAACAGAACACCUGCAAAAGUGGAAAUGUAUUUCAGGAAUGCUGCAUAAUCCCGUUUAUAUAUGAACAAAGAAGCUGAUAAGAGUUUGGGAUCAGCGGAUGAGGUGCUUUAGCAUAAAAUACAGACACAACACUGACUGAUGGAUGAAUGGACGGAUUUGAAACAAAGUGAAACAGUAAUACCACCUAUUUUUAUAAAGUUUUACAUUAGUAGAGUAAAAAUUGGUGCUUAAAAAUUAAGAUUACAACAAGUAUUUAACACAAUAAAAGUAAAAAAAAAAAGUAAAAAGGCUGUGACUAAAUCAAUGUAGAAAGAGAUAAAAAGCUUCUGGAAUGAAUUCAGAGUUCAUUAUUUAAAAGUAGUCAGAAAUGUAUUCUCAGAUACUACAGGCCUCAGGUAGAAGUUAUCAUGUUUUAGUGAGAUGUUAAAAUAGAAAAAACUAUUUGAGUACAGAUGUGUUUUCAUUGUGAGACCAAAAUGAACGUAUGCAUGUCAGAGGAGAGUUUACCUCCACUGAUUGACACGGAGGUGGAAAGGCAAUGAUUUGUGCUCGUUUAGCAGAUGCACAAACAGCUCGGAGGCUGUAAAUGAAAGAAUACAGAUAAAUGUGAGUCUGUGGUUCACACAAAACUAGAUUAUUCAACAAGAAAAUCCUGAAAAGGGAUCUUCAGGAUUAAAAAUAUUAAGUUGAUGUUGUGACAGGACCUUCAGAGAGAUGGAAACACGCCUCAUUUUCCCAUCUUCUGCUUCCGAUGUUUCAUUUUGAUGCACAAAGCCUUAAAAGCGAAAGAGGCUAUGUUUACUCUUUCACAUUCUUUCACAUAAGCAAAAUUGUUGACGCAGAAAUCAGGAAGUGGAAAACCGUGACCUUUACUGUUGUGUCUGCAGCAAAGUUUAUCUGUGAAGGGCUGCCACCUGGUGGAGACUUUAAAAACAUCAGCAUAAAAAUGUUAAAAAGAAAGAUAAACAUAUGUAGAAGCUAAAGUAUACUUUACAUAUUUCUAUGCAUUUAUUUUGCUUAGGAGCAAUAAUAAAGAGGUAAUAAUUACCCAUUUCUCCUGAUUAAUGUAAUAAAAUUGAUAUGCAGCAGAUCUAUUUAAACUCUUCAAAUAAAUACAUCAUAACAAAUGUAAUCUCUGCAGCAUUUGUGUGACUGAGGAGCAGAAACAACGCUGAAUGAAUAUAUGCAUGCAGAAAAUGUUGAGCUGGAAAAACAUUUUAUAACCGUUAAAUGUGCAUGUCUAAAAAACUUCUCAAAUCCUUCGUGUUGUCCUGAUGAUUUCUAUUCCCCCUGUAUUACAAGUGUCUUUACUUUUUAAACUGAAACUGUUUGCGUUUUCGGUAUGAACGGCUGUAAUUUGUACAUCGUAGGUUCAGUUUGUGCGUCUUUCUGGUUCAUUUUGUUUUUUUAUUUGAUAGUAAAAUGUGUGUUUGAGAGAUUUUUUUAUUUCCUUUACAUGAUAAACUGUAGACAUAAGCACUCACAUAAUAUAAACAUCCUCUCUUACUGUCUGUUUUUUUGUUUAAUGUGUAAAUAUGCUCAGUUUUUAUGUGUCUAUUUGUCAAAAAAUAUA